AUGUUGAUUGAUCGCAUAAACACUUUUGUAGCGAAUUUGAAGUCCAAGAGCUUUGAGACUCGUAAACGUGCUGCUCGAGAUUUAAAUCUUUAUGUAAUUAUUUUAUCAAUUUUAUUAAUACUUAUAUAUGUAUCUAAUUUAUCUAAUUAUUACUGCCCUAGGUUAAAACUGAAUUACGCGAAGUAUCAGCAGAAGAACGAACAAUUUUCUAUGAUGCCUUUAAUAAACAUAUAUAUGAUUUGGUAGUUAGCAAUGAAAGCAAUGCGAAAAUCGGCGGUAUACUUGCUAUAUGUAAGUUUGCAUUUGUAUGUUUAAAUAGAACUGAAAAAUAAACCAUUUGGUAUUUUAAAAUAAAAAUCAUUAAACACUAUUAUUUGUUGCUUAAAUUAUAUUUAAAUUUCAAAGUGUAUUGAUUAAAGUUGUACAAUUAAUAAAGAGAACAAUCUGUUAUUCCUUCAGUACCAAUUGAUAAUUCUUUUUUAAAUUAAUGACAUAAUAACUCAAUUUUUACAGUAUGUUUAAUUGGUGCUGAUGUCGGCAAUAAAACUAACCGUGUCAGUAGGUUUGCAAACUAUUUACGUAAUGUAUUACCAUCCACCGAUCCUGCAGUUAUGGAACUGGCUGCAAAAACCGUUGGCAAAUUAGCUUUAGACUCUGGAACCUACGCGGAUCAGUAUGUUGAAUUUGAAGUGAAAAGAUCAUUUGAAUGGUUAGGCGGUGUACGAAAUGAACCCAAGAGAUAUGCAGCCGUGCGUAAAAUAAUAUAAUUUUCUUUAUUUACAAAUGAUCUCAACUUUGAAAAAAAUAUUGUUUUAUAGGUACUUAUACUGAGAGAAAUAGCCACUGUGGUUCCAACUCUUUUCUUUCAACACGCAGCUCAAUUUUUUGACUUGGUGCUAAAUGUAACCCGUGAUCCAAAACCUAGUAUUAGAGAUGGAGCUGUUGAAGCAUUAAGAGCAGCACUUGUUGUAACUGCCCAAAGAGAAACAUCUAAACAGACACACAAAUCUCAAUGGUACUAUUCACAAAACAAAUUUUUAUCAAAGUUUGAUUCAUAAUAACAAUUUCUUUUUUUUUACUGUUAGGUACAAACAGUGUUAUGAUGAAGUUAUGAAUGGAUUGGACGAUUCAAUAAAUAAAGAAAAAGGUGUUAUUCGUGAUGAUAAAAUACAUGGUUCAUUAUUGGUGUUGAAUGAAUUACUUAGAGUUAGCAAUGUUAAUUGGGAAAGACAAAAUGACUCGUUAAUGCAAAGAUUACAAUGGGAUCAAAGUAAAACUAGUGCGGUUAGAUGGAUUUUUUUAUUAAAUAUCUUGUAGUGUUUAGUUUUAAUAACCAGAAAAGAAAGUCCCAAUAUUUUAUUAUGUGUAUCAUCUGUAAAAAUGAUUCCAUUAUGAUAAAUUUAUGUAUUUAACUUUUNAUGAAAGCAGUGCCUGCAAAACUCUUCUUCAAGAAAACUAUGAUCGUGUGUGUUCAUCAGCAGUAUCUCAUAGACUGUCUAGGAAUAUUUUAGUGAAUACAGCAUUGAUGAAAGUGCUUCCUAGACUAGCCGCAUUUAAUAAAUCUAUUUUUGUACAAAGGUAUUAUUUUGUGUAAACAACUUUGUGUAUGUAGUUAUUUUGUAUUUUAUUUUAUAGUUAUUUAAAUUCUUCUAUGUUGUUUCUUAUUUCAACUGCUCGUGGUCGUGAUCGCGAUCAACGGACUUAUGCGUUUGUUGCUAUUGGUCUAGUAACAAUAGCAAUUGAAGAUCAUAUAAAACCAUAUCUAGCGAAAAUUUUAGAUGCAGUUCGCAGUUUCUUACCACCAAAAGUACUGUUAUGAAUAAUAUAUUAAUUUUUUAAAUUACUUCUCAUUUUUAAAAUAAUAUUUAUUAUUAUUUUAAUUAAAUUGUUGGUAUUUUUUUUUUUCAGGAAAAUCAAAAAAAAAAACCUGUCAUCGCAGAACCGGCUGUUUAUAUUUGUAUAACAUUAUUAGGCAUUGCAACUCAACAGAACAUUAAGACUGAUAUUAAAGAGCUUCUUGAACCUAUGUUAGGCAUGGGACUUAGCCCUACACUAACAAUAGCUUUAAAAGAAUUGGCUGUUGCUGUUCCGUCACUGAAAAAAGAUAUAUCUGAAGGUACUUAUGAAAAGUGAAUUAAAUCUCCCUUUUCUCAGUCGGUACUAAAAUUAUUUUAUUUUAGGACUGUUAAAAAUGCUUUCACAAGUUCUUAACAAACAAAGUAGAGAACCUUUAACUCCACCACUUGCCUUAACAACUUCUGCCCUUGGUGGAGUGUCGAUAUUGCCAGCAAGUGUGGUUCAUCCUCAAAACAAUUCAAAUGUAAUUUUGGCCCUCAGAACACUCGGAAACUUCAAUUUUGAAGGUAAUAUUAUAAUAUUUAUUAAUAAAAAUGAAUAAGUGUAAUAUGAUAUUUUGUCUCACAAACUUCAAUGUGUAAGUUUUGUUUUAUAAUCCAAUUACAUGUAUAAUUAGGUCAUUCUUUACUUCAAUUUUUGCGUCGUUGUGCUGAGUAUUAUUUAGUUAGUGAACAAGAAGAAGUUCGGAUUGAAUCUAUUAGAACUUGCAGUCGGCUUUUGCGUUUAGCAAUAGAAUCUUUGCAGAGUAAAACUUCACAAACCGUGAGGUAUACUAUUUCUACAGUCAUCAAACAAUUACUCAUUGUAGGAGUUUCUGAUACAGGUUAGUGAAUCCAAUAAAUUGGUAAAAAUAAUAUAAAUGGUAAUUUAAAAAUGAUUUAAUUAUUUUGAAACCUCGUAUUUUAGAAUCUGAUGUGCGUUAUGCAGUGUUUAAAAAUCUCCACCGCAGUUUCGAUUUUUACCUUGCUCAAGUACAUAACCUAACUGCAUUAUUUAUGGCUAUGAAUGAUAUUAAUUUUGAAAUACGAGAAAUGGCCCUUUGCACUAUAGGACGACUUGGUUUAGUAAAUCCAGCAUAUGUGAUGCCACCACUUCGUAAAACACUUAUGCAGGUUCUUAAAUUAAUCAUCAAAAUAUACUUUCAUGUCUUGCUGUAUUUUAUUAAAAAAUUUAAUUAAUAAUAUAUUUUUGGUGAAAGUGUUUGACCGAACUUGAACACAGUGGAAUGGGUCGUAAUAAAGAGCAAAGUGCUAGAAUGAUUGACCACAUGGCUGUUCACGCUCCUCGUCUUGUGGCACCGUACGUUCAACCCAUUUUAAAAAUAUUAGUUCCUAAACUUAAUGAACCAGAUUUAAACCCAAGUAUCUUGAUAAGUAUACUUGCGUGUAUUGGAGAUUUGGCACAAGUAUGUGAAUUAGUAUUAUACUUUUUUGAAUAAUUUAGUUUGUGUUAUUUAUGUUUGUGUUUAACAUCAAUAGGUUAAUGGUGAAGAAAUGUACUGUUGGACUGACGAAUUGUUGCUUAUAUUAUUGGACAUGUUGGGCGACAGCGGAUCUCAAGAAAAACGAGGAGUCGCUCUCUGGGUACUUGGCAAACUAGUCGAAGGACUGGGCUAUGUUAUCCAACCUUAUGAAAAAUAUCCUACGUUGUUAGAUACUUUGCUUGGAUUUUUAAAAACUGAACAACAACCAUUAGUUAGGUAAAUUUAUAAAUUUAUUUGAAACAUAUUACUAUGAUUUAAAUUAAAUUAAAAUUUGCUUUAGGAGAGAAACAAUUCGAGUACUUGGUCUUCUUGGAGCUUUAGAUCCUUAUAAACAUAAAAUGAAUUUGGGACAGAUUGAUUCUCAAAUAGAGUCUACCGCUUUACUUUCGAUGACUGAUUCUCGUCCAAUAUCGGAAACUGAAUGGACAACUAGUGAAAUGUUGGUCAAUAUGAGCACAUCUACUUUAGAGGAGUAUUAUCCGGCUGUAGCAAUUGCGACACUUAUACGCAUUAUUCGUGAUCCAAAUUUAUUUCAACAUCAUACUAUGGUUGUACAGGUUAGGUCAUACUAAUAUUGAAUUUGAAUAUUACACCAUUUAUUUUUUUUUAAAUUNGGGGGGGGGGGGGGUUAGCAAGUUGUAUUUAUUGAUGUCUUUAGAUCAACGAUAAUUUCUUUGAAAUGUUUAUCCAAUGAAAACCUAGCAGUAUUGUAUAGCCCGAAUUUUUUUGAACCAUUAUAAUCAAUAUAUUAUGUAUCUAUAUAUACUAUUAUUUAAAAUGACAUAUUACAUCCAAAUUAAGGCACCAGUAUAGAAGAAAAUAAAGUUUAAUAAAGAAACUAAAAUUUAGAAAAUAUGAAGAAUGUUCUAAAUGUGUUAUUCGUUUAAAAUUAUUAGUUGCCAAUAGUAGUAUGAAUUCAAUUAAAUUAAAAUGUCAUUUUGAAACUAAACCUAGCACAUUGAUUAAUAAGAAACACAAUUAUUUUGUAAGAUAACUUGAACAGUUAGGAAAAAAAUCAACCAGUUUUAUUAAUUAAACAGUCAAGUAUGCCAACCAAAGCUUAGCUUUGCUAAGAAGUCUUUUAGCUUUCUACAAAGUAGCAUUUUAUAUUAUUCAAUGAAAAAUGUAUGUAAUAUUUUUGAAAAACUUAAUACUUAUGUUCAAUACAUCUUUACAAGGUAAAGAAACUCAUAUUUUGCAGUUAUAUGAUAAAGUGGUUGUUUUUAUUAAAAAAAAUUGACUUUGGCAAAGGAAACUAACAGAAGAAAACGAUAUACCAUUAGUUUUCCACACUUGAACAAUUUUUGUUUUAGAUCUUGAACUACUAAUGACUUCAAUAAAAAUAAUUUCUGAUGGCUCUUAAAAGUAAUUUCAUGAAAUAUUUUCGAAAAUAAUUUAAACAAUACAAUUUAAUUAAAGGCCUGUUUAUUGAAAAACCAUUAUCACAAUUCACAACUACAGAGAAGAACAAUUAAUCAACAUUUGAUCUGAUUCUUUGUUACAAAUGAAAUUUUUUUCAUAUUGACUUUUAGGAUUUUGGUACAACAUUAAAGAUGAAUAUCCUGAAGUAGCCAACAAAGCCUUGCAUUUAUUACUAUCAUUAAUAACAUUGUAUUUAUAUGAAGUAGAAUUUUUCGCAGUUGGUAUAUUUAAACAAAAUAUUGGUCAAAAUUUAAUGUUGAAAAAGAAAUGCGUUUGGCUGUCACAACACUGCUACCUAAUUUUGAAGGAUUAUUGAACAAAAAUUAAAUACAUUGUUCACACUAAGAUUGAAUAUUAAUAGGCAUUAUUUUUUUCCAUAAAAAUAAAAAUAUUUUGUUAUACUUUAAUUUAAAUUAAAUAACACUUUUGGUUGAUUUGUUUUGUCAUAAAAAUGAAAAUAUUUGAAUAUUUAAAUAAUACAAUAUUGUAGUAAUUUAUUUAUGGGAGGGUCAAUUUUUUGUUUUUUAUUUAUAGGUUUAUGCACCAAAUAAGUUUGAGAACCACUGUUCUAUUUAAUUAUAAUAGGCUUGAAUAAUUUACUCAACUAUAAUAAUAUGUAUUAAUAUUGUAAAUUAUUCUUCUUCCAGGCCAUAACAUUCAUUUUUCAAUCGCUGGGUACAAAAUGUAUACCUUAUAUACCACAAGUAAUGCCUAGUUUUUUAAAUGUCAUUCGUACAGCAGACCCAAACUUCAGAGAAUAUUUAUUUCAACAGUUAGCUGUACUCAUAAAUAUUGUCGGUCAACAUGUCCGAAAUUAUUUAGACGAUAUAUUUUUGUUAAUCAAAGUGAGUAUCUAUUUUUUAUAAUAGGUCAUUAUGUUAACAUUUUUUUAUGUAUAUAAUUUCAUAUAUAUAUUAUAUAUGUUAUAUACAAAGUCUGGAAUUAAACAUUUAGCAAUGUACAAUUAACAAAAUUUAAAAAUAUAUUAUAAAAAUCACAUUUUAACCACGAUUAUACAGUUUUUCACAUAAAAAUCAUUAUUAAUCAAAUAUAUUAUUGAGUCGUUACAUUAAUAUGAAGUAAAUAUAUUUUUUUUUUUUGAGGGAUCUAGGAAAAUGUUUAUAUUAUAGUAUUAUGUAUUACCAAAUAAAAAAAAAAUAAAUAUAAAUUUACUUAGUUUGUCAAAUAUUUUAUUUUUUAAAGUAUCUAUAAUUGUGAAAUUAUAAAAACAGUCUAAAAAUUGCAUGUUAAUCACGAUUAUAAAAUUUUUAUAUAAAACAAAUAUGGCAAAAAAAUAUUAUUAUAAAACUACAUAUAUUACUAAAAUCAAAUACAAUUUCAUAUAGUUUGUCAAAUAUCUCAGCAUAAAAUCACUGUAGGUUCUUACAUAUAUGUAUCAUUAUUUAUUCUUACCAAAGUACAAAAUAUAUCAAUUAAAUGACAUUGCUUUAGUUACAGUUUUUAUUUUGAGAACACACAAUAUGUUAAUAAAUGAUCCUGUUAAUUUAAUAUAAAUCUGUACUCACCUUCUUUGCAAGACUGCAUAUCGAUUGAAUUCGAUCUGUCCACGUGCAUUAACUUCAUUAAAUACCAUAAGUUUAACAAUUACUCUUCUUUUUUUUAAAAAUAUUUUUAAACACAUUUCACAAUUGAUUAAAAUUAAUUGAACAACAGGACAUGAUAAAUUAAAGUAACUAUUUUUUAAGUUAUAAAUCAUUUUAUGAAGUUCACCAUACAAUGUUUCUUAAUGUGACUUUUCAGGAACAUCAUACAUUUCUUUAUUAUGUAAAUAAGAUUUAACUUCAUUAUUUUACGAUUUAUGUAAUGGAAAAAUUAAUUUAUUAACUUCACCUACUUUCAUAAUAUUGUAGUGAUUUAAACAUCUAUAGUCUAAUGAAAUCUUAAUUUUCCAAUGUUUAGCUUCAAUUACAUCAUUUAUUUUUUUUAUUUUUUUCAUUAGCUAUGAACAUUGAAUUUACACUAAAAUUAAUAUUUUUAAUUUUUUUUCGACAAACAAAUUUAAAAUAACAAUUAUUUAAGCUAUUUUUUUGAACCACAGUGUCCUAAAUUUGUUUAGAUAAACUUCAUUAUUUUUAUUGAAUUAUACCUUUACCAGUAUUUUAGAUGACGUGGGAAACAAAACUCAUAAGAAAUAAUAAUAUAAAUAUUAAAAGUAUAUAAUAUUUAUCAGGAAAAUAUUUUUAAAAAAUAACUAUUAUUAUAGUUUCAGGUAUUUUAUAUUUUUUCGCAACGUGUACAGUGAUUUUUGUACACAUCGCAAACUGUACAAUGUUGCUGUACAAAGUAGCUACAUUGUACAAGUUACAUUAAAUGUACUAUUCUGGACUUUAUAACAUACAUAUGUAUAUAUAUUAUGUCUUCACAGGAGUUAUGGACCCCAAAUAGUUCAUUACAAUGCACUUUAAUCCAACUAGUUGAAUACAUAGUCGUAGCACUUGGGGCACAAUUCAAAACAUACUUGGCUCAAUUGAUGCCUAAUAUUCUUAGAAUACUGUAUCAUGAUUCAGGAAAAGAUCAUAAUGUUACUAAACGGGUAAGUGUAAUCUGAAGACUUCAUACAUUGUAAAAAUUAUUAUUAUUAUUAUUAUUAUUAAGUUUUUGAGGAAUAACAAAUUGUAAAUUAUACUUAUAUUUUUAGAUGGUUGUGGCUCUAUGUAAAUUUGGCAUUAACUUAGAUGAAUAUAUACAUAUGAUCAUGCCACCACUCAUUAAUUUAUUUAAUAGUGCUGAAGUUAUAGUCUGUCAGGUGGCAAUGGAAACAGUUGCACAAUUAGCCUACACUUUGGAUUUCACUGAUUUUGCUUCACGCAUAAUACAUGGAAUCGUAUGAAUAUUUUUCCUUAUUAAAUGCUAUGUUAUCAUAAUGUUCUGAAUUCCUGUAUUAUUUAUGUUUAGAUAAAGUCAAUUGAAAGAACAACAGAGCUUAGACACAUUGCUAUGGAAACUCUAUGUGCAUUGGUGUGUCAGUUGGGUCCCAAGUAUCUGGUAUUUGUACCUCUAGUUUCACGCACAUUAACAAAACAUCAUGUUGCUUGUUCAGCAUACGACACUCUCAUCACUUAUAUAUCUUCAGUCAGUUAAUUACAAAAUUGAUUUUUAUAAAUUAAUACCUACAUUUGUUGUUUCUACCAUUUUGUUUUUUUAUUAGAACACUGAUGGCAGCCUGGAAGAGAAUCUUUUACUCUCCAGACACAAACAAUUCAAAAUUAAAAAAGAACCAGGAGUACAUGUUCUUGGGGAUUCUGCCACCAUAAUUAAAAAGGUAUUUAUACAUUUUGAUUAUUGUAAUUCUUAUUUAAAAAUUUAGUUAAAUUUUUAUGUUGGUAUUUAGUAUUCUGUGUGCUUUGUAUAUAUUUAGUAAUAACAGUUUAUUUUUAAUAAAAAUGGCUAUUUAUGUUCAUACAGAUGCACACUUCUUUACCCAAUUUACAAAAAGCAUGGUUAGUCAACCGUUGUGUAUCCAAAGACGAUUGGCUGGAAUGGUUAAGACGACUAGGCAUUGAUUUUCUCAAAGAAUCACCUUCUCCAGCACUACGAUCAUGCUGGGCACUUGCCCAAACAUAUUCUCAACUGCCCAAGGAUCUGUUCAAUGCCGCAUUUGUUAGUUGUUGGACAGAAUUAACAGAGCCACUCCGAAAAGAACUCAUUCAAACUUUGGAACAGGCUCUGAUGGUUUCUGAUUUACCGGAAAUGACACAAACUAUAUUAAACUUGGCUGAAUUUAUGGAUCAUUGUGAAAAAGGACCGUUGCCUAUUGAUACUCAUAUACUUGGUGAAAGGGCUAUGGACUGUAGGGCUUAUGCGAAAGCUUUACAUUACAAAGAAGACGAGUUCAUAAAGGAAAAAAGUAGACGAAUAUGUCCGGACAUUGUUGAAUCACUCAUAUCCAUUAACAAUAAAUUGCAGCAAAAAGAGGCGGCAUCAGGUAAUUACAGAAAACAACUAAUGGUAAAUUUUUAAAAAGUUCUUCCAUUUAAAUAUAAUAAAAACCUAUCGGUUAAAACAGUCUGUCUAAGUUGAAAAUGAUAUCUAAAUGAACAAAUUAACAUAGGUUGUGUUAGAUGUAUGCAAAAUACAAUUCAGUAUUGUACUGGUACUUAAAUUUGAAAAAAAAAUAUAAAUCAUUUUAAAUUCAAAAAAUUAUUAUGAUCUCAAAGUUUAAAUUUAGAUGCUUGCUUUUAUUUUUUAUUUCCUUAAUUUCUUCACAAUUUUUUCAGAUCAUCUAACAUAUAUACAUAAAUAUAUAAAUAAUAUGACUUAUAAAAAUUAAAUCAGUCUACAGCUUUUGUUUUCAUCAUAUUUCAUUUUUCUAUUUGAAAUUAUUUCUAUCUUUUUAUUUGCUAUCUUAACAGUCAGUUUUCUGGAUUUCUUUUAAUUAUCAUUUUUUAUUUUCAUAUUUUAUUUGUUUUGAUUUUUUAAAUUUAUUUCAAUGGUCUCCGUCGUCCCCACUCUCCCAUUAGAAGAUUGAAACAAAUCAAAUGACACUUAAUUUAUUAAAAUCCGUUCAGCUUGUUUGGGUUCUACAAGGUGAGAAGGAAUAUCACAAAAAAUACAUAGAUGCACACGAAAUGCACAAAACAUUUCUUUGGCAAUUGGGUAAAAAGUUCACUAAAGAUCUAAUUAAUGUUAGAUCUAUAUUAAUCUAUAUUAAUGUUCAUUCGAAUUUGUCGAUAUUUCAAUGACUAAUACAAUAUUUGUAAUGCAAAAGAAACCUAUAAAUACUACUCUACUGUUCACUACUCUAUUGUUACUAGCAAUAACAAUUGCUUCCUUCCCCCCCCCCCGUAGGUCAUUAGAAUUGUAUCUUUUAUGUGGCGGUAUGGGGCACGGUGUGUUGAUAAUGCACCAUCACUCUCUUUCAACUCAAACUUAAAAGUGAAGUAUCACGUCAAUGGAUCGACGGAAAUCAAACAUUUCAACACUAAAGUUUGUUUUAAUUAAUAUUCCAUUUAUUUAUAUACUCUUUAUUAUAGGUUACCAAAAUCAAAAGUAGGUAGUGGUUUUAUUCCGAAAAAUAAGGGUGACAAAAAAUAACAUAAAUAUAAAAUUGCAGAGCAGAUUGUUUAGUAAAUACUAAGAAGAAAAUUUCUAAAAAAAAAAAAUAAUUUCAAAAAAAAUAAAAUUUUCAUUCAAAUUGUAUAAUUGUAUUAUUUAUGUAUGUCAUUAGGACUUCUGAAUGUGGUUAUGGAUAAACAUGAUAAAUCCAGUGAUAAAAUUCCCGUAAAAGCAAGAUGGUUUGAAAAACUGCACAAUUGGGAGGGAGCAUUAUCGUAUUAUGAAACGUGUUUGCAAAAGGAACCACAUAACGUAGACUGGGUUUUAGGGCAAAUGAGGUAAGUUUAAUUUAAUUUUUAUGAAAUCUAUUUUUUUUUUUUGGAUUACAAAAUUAUUUAAUGGUAGAUGUUUGGAGUCUUUGGGUCAAUGGUAUUGAAAGACUGGGAGAAAAUGGGAGUUUAUGUAGGAUGCAUACCAAGAGAUACUAUGGAUAGUGCAUUUUACAGAGCUAUCUUAUCUAUUCAUGGAGAACAGUAUGAAUGUGCUCAGAAGGUAGUAUAAGAUUGUUACUGACUAUGACAAAUUUAGAGACUGUUUAUAAAUUAACUGUUACCGGUAUAGUUUAUCGAUUUGGCUCGAGAAAUUUUGGACACUGAACUUACAGCUAUGGUGGCAGAAAGUUACCAACGAGCAUAUGGUUGUAUGGUUUCAGUCCAAAUGUUAGCCGAACUCGAAGAAGUUAUUCAGUAUAAAUUGAAACCUGAGAAACGACAAACAAUUCAUAAAGUUUGGUGGGACAGGCUUCAGGUAAUGUUAAUUAAAUUCAAAUAAGUAGAAACUAAUUAAAUACACAUUUUAAAAUUAUUAAUCAGUAUUAUAAUAUUAAUCCGUAUAUUUUAGGGAUGUCAAAGAGUGGUCGAAGAUUGGCAGCGCAUUAUUCAAGUGCACUCUUUGGUGUUGAGUCCCGAAGAAGAUAUGCAUACAUGGCUCAAGUAUUCUGCUUUGUGUCGUAAAUCAUCGCAAAUGGUACUAGUAUUUAUGGUCAUAUUCUGGAAAUUAAAUGGAUGGAACAUAUAAAUCCCUGAAAGUAUUUGCCUGGAAUCUAAAAAUUAAAACCAAUUUUUCUGGGACUUAUAAUUCAGGAACUAAUAUUAAUAUAAACGAAUAUAAAUUACGGACAGAUUCAGUAUUUAGAUUUUAUUAUCAGGAAUGAAUAUGGUCUGGAAAAAUAAAUUCUGGCGAUACACUUUAUGGAUUUUUAUAACUUCAGUAUAUAUUGUGAUUUUAAAUUUUUUGUACCUGUUAUCUGUAUGUUAUGUUAGACUAAUGUAUAUUAUAUAAUUUAUAUUAGCAAUAAUGCUUUUAGGGCUUUUCUCAUUCAACUCUGACAACAUUACUGAAUACAGAUCCUUCAACAGAACCUACUAAAUCUUUGCCAAUGACACAUCCUCAAGUCACAUUUGCCUAUAUUAAACACAUGUGGACUUCAGGAGCUAAACCGGAAGCCUAUAAGUAAAUAUUUAAUAAAUAAUGUGUUAUGAGUAAGCGCAGUUGAAGUGAAACUUCUUCCAGAGAUGUAUGGAGUCAGUUGAAUACUUAUACUUUACAUGAGAAAUACAAAUAUACAAUAUGCAGUAGAAGUCAAAAUGAACAAAAUAAAUGUUGACAAAGAUCACAUAUGUCCAACAAAGAAACCUAUAGUUAAAUAUUCAAGUGUUAAAUUAUUGACAAUGAUUAAAAUUAUGGGUUUUCAAAGUAUAAUGUUGAUCAGCUAUUAUAAGACACUUAUUAUCUCGAAAAGUAUUAAUUUUUACAAAAUUUGUUUUAUAAAACAUUUAAUAAUUAAGCAGCUCUACAAUUUUACAUUUAUGUAAUUUUUUGAACCCUACUUUUGAUUUUCAAACGAAGACUUAUAUUAAAAAUUCAAUUAAUAGUUAAAGUAUUAGUUAAAAUUCAUUUGAAUGAUUUUCUACUUUUAAGUUUGGAUUAGGGGAAAGUAGUAGAACAUCAUUUGCGUGGCAACACAACCGGCAGAUUUUUAAUAAUACAUUAUCACUCUCGACAUAACCUAACCUAACACGACCCAACCUUAAAAGUGGAAUAUCUCAGUAACAGAUAGAUAGAAAUUAACAAUUUCAACACCUAAAUUUAUUUCAACUAAUACUUAAUCUAUUUAUGGAAUUUUUAAUAUAAAUUGUUAUUUGAAAAUCAAAAGUAGGUAGGGGUUUUACUCCCCAAAAAGGGGUGACAGAAAAAUUACGUAAAGGAAAUUUUGUAGAGCUGCGAGUUUCUUAUAUGUUCGACAAUUAAAUUUUGUAUAAAAUUAAUACUUUCUGAGAAAAAGGGUGUCUUAUGACAAAUUGAUCACUCUGUAUAAUGAUAUACACAAAUUAAAAAAAUAGAGUAAAAAUUAAAGUAAAACUAUGCUAUCAAAAAAUCCAUCUGAUUAAAUUGAAACUAGAGAAUCCAACUGUUUGGAUUAUCAUGUGAUAUCACUGUGCUGUUGCGUCUACAGUAUGUGACAAUAUUUUUUUUUGCAUGUAUCAUUUUUAUGUAGGUUUUUUUUCAAUUGGAAUUUUUUAAUUUAAAAUGAAAAAUCUUCAAAAUACUGUGUAUUUUAAGUUACAUCAUGUACAAAUAUAUAUAACAAACAAAAAUUAUAUUAUCAUUGUGCAAAAUAAUGCAAACCAUUGAGAUUGCUUGAGAUUUGAACUCGCUAUCGAUCAGCUAAUAAACUUGUUUUUGGCAAUGUGCCGCAUGUCAUGUGUCAUGAGGAUAGUUUCUAGACUAAGUUUUUAUUACAACCCUCCUUAAAGAAGUUUCACUUUAAAAAAUUUUUGUAUAAACUUCUGAAACUUAAUUUUUUUUUUUUUCCUAGUCAUUUGAAUUGUUUAGUCCAAAACGUACUACCACAAUUGAAGCGAAAAGGGAAAGACUCUGAUAAACUUAAAACUGAAUCUACUAAAAAAUUGUUGGCUAGGUAAAUUAAAUUUUUUAAAAAUAAUAAUUAAUUUAUUUCAAUAGAACACUCAUUAUUAUUAUGUAUACAUUAUUAUAGAUGUUAUUUGAAGUUAGGAUGUUGGCAGGAAGAGCUUCAGGGAUUAACUGAACAAUCAAUACCCGAUAUUUUAGACUAUUAUUCUGCAGCCAAAUUUCACGAUCCUAGCUGGUAUAAAGCUUGGCAUUCGUGGGCCUAUAUGAAUUUUGAAACAGUUUUGUUUUACAAAAACCAAAAAAGCAGGUCUCAAUCUAAUGAGGAAACUACUGAAGGAGAAAUGAACGAUAAAGCUGGUUUUGAAGUAUUUUUUGACUUGCUACAAAAAAUUUUUAUUUCAAUUUUUAUUUGCAUAAUAUUACUUUUAGGCUGCUAAGUCCGAUCAGUACAUUUCACAAUUCACUGUACCUGCUGUCGAAGGAUUUUUCCGAUCAAUCUCAUUAUCACAUGGUAGUUCACUACAAGACACAUUGAGACUUUUAACCCUUUGGUUUGAAUACGGUCAAAAUCACGAUGUAUACGAUGCAAUUGUUGAUGGGUUGAGGUCCAGUCAAAUUAACACAUGGUUACAAGUAAGUGAUUAAUAACAUAAUUAUUCUUUACAGGAUUAAAUGAAAAAGGUUGAAUUAAAUUCAUUUUUUUUUUGUUUUAGGUUAUUCCACAGUUGAUAGCUCGCAUUGAUACACCUCGUACAUUGGUUAGUCGUCUUGUUCAUAAUUUAUUAAUUGACAUUGGCAAACACCAUCCACAAGCAUUAGUUUAUCCGGUGACUGUGGCAAAUAAAUCUGCCAGUGUAACCCGUAGGAAUGCAGCAAAUAAAAUCUUGAAAACAAUGUGUGAACACAGUCCAAAUUUAGUACAACAAGCAGUGAUGGUCAGUGAUGAAUUACUCAGAGUCGCCAUACUCUGGAAUGAGUUGUGGCAUGAGGCUUUGGAAGAAGCCAGUAGACUAUACUUUAAUGAUAACAACGUAAAAGGCAUGUAUGAAGUUUUAGAGCCAUUGCACGCUAUGAUGGAAAAAGGGCCUCAGACUUUAAAAGAAACUUCAUUUAAUCAAGUAUGACUAACAGAAUUUAUAAAUAAAAAAAAAAAUGUUUUAUGAAUAUNCUUUGAAUAAUUGAUUCUUUUGUUCUAUUUAGACUUAUGGCCGAGAUUUAGUUGAGGCUUUAGAAUGUUGUAACCGUUAUCUUGUUUCUGAGAAUAUCCGUGACUUGAAUAAAGCGUGGGAUUUAUAUUAUCAAGUUUUUCGUCGGAUAUCUAGACAAUUACCUCAACUCACAACGCUAGAACUUCAAUAUGUCAGUCCAAAAUUACAACAGAGCCGUAAUAUGGAACUCGCAGUUCCAGGUUCCUAUAUCCCUGGCCAACCUGUUGUUAAAAUUGCGUACAUUCAAAGUUCUUUACAAGUAAUCACAUCUAAGCAACGUCCCCGCAA